CCGGUCUUUUCCACUGUGUUCCCGAGCUAGGCUGUUUAAUAACAAUAUUCAAAGCAAAGACAUUGUAAUUAAUAUAUUUCGGCAGCUUUUCUGGAACGGCAGUUGGAAAUAUGGCAACGGACGCAGAGAAAUUGAAUCUGAGAUACGCUGGAAAAGUGACCAUCGUGACCGGAGGAUCCAAAGGAAUUGGUGAAGGAGUAGUCAGGGAAUUUGUUAAAGCUGGUUCCAAAGUUGUUUUUUGUUCAAGAGGGGCUGACGACGGAAAAAAGCUUGAAAAAGAAUUGAAUGAUAAAGGACCUGGGGAAGCAUACUACAUAAAAUGUGAUGUCACUAUAGAAGAAGAUAUAAAGAAUUUAGUGGACAGGACGGUAGAAAAGUAUGGCCGUAUUGACUGCCUGGUAAACAAUGCUGGAUGGCAUCCCCCUGAGAAAACAGUGGACAACACAUCAGUUGAUGAAUUUAGAAGCUUGCUGGAUCUGAACCUCGUCAACUAUUUUAUAUUUUGCAAACUUGCUUUGCCACACAUUCGGAAAACGAAGGGAAAUAUCAUCAACAUGUCAAGUUUAGUGGCACAAAUAGGUCAGCCAGGAGCUGUUGCAUAUGUGGCAACCAAGGGCGGAAUAACUUCUAUGACAAGGGCUUUGGCAGUUGAUGAGGCAAAAUAUGGAGUGCGAGUAAACAGUGUUUCACCAGGUAACAUUUGGACUCCAUUGUGGGAUCAAUUGGCUCAGGCCUCAGGUAACUUUGAGAAAAGUAAGAAAGAUGGUGAAGAAGCACAGCUGCUUGGCCGUAUGGGAACGCUUGAAGAAUCCGGUCAAGCUUGUUUAUUCCUGGCUGCUGAAGCCACGUUCACAACCGGUAUUGACAUGCUGUUGAGUGGAGGCGCCGAACUGACUUAUGGAAAGAAAACACAAGUGGAGACUGCCUAGAUGAAAUGAACGUAUUUUUCAUUAACGUCAAGGGCAAGGUCGUACAACUUCAUUUUCUGACCAGGGGCGCUUUCCAUGCGGCGAAAAAUUUCGGUUUGAAUUUCCGAAAUUUCUAAUGGCGAAAAUUUCCGAAAAAUUUCUUACCGGAACUCGUAUUCCAUUUGAUUUUUCUUCCCAGAAAAUUCCGGAAUUUUCAGUUGAAUGGUUCGUAUUUCAGAAAUUUAACCAUGUCGGUUCUUCCAAGUAAACUUCCGUACAAAUUUAGUUGAAUGGAAAGCGCCCGAGGUCUCGGUUACCUAUAUCGGUUUUAAAUAGUUUUAAGUAAUUCAGAAUUGCUUUGGUUUUGCCUGCUGGUUGUAAAGACCCGUGUCACGAUCUAAUCCAAUCAGAUGCAAAACCAUAACCAAUCACGAGUUGAUCACGUGCGUUUUUCCCGUGCUUUGUAGCCGUUUCAUUUACUUGCUUUGUGUUCUGAUUGGUUCAUUGUGUUGUUAACUUUUGUUCUGAUUAGCUGUUGUGAUUGCUUUAUUGUCAGUUUCACAACAGUCGCCUGAAGACCACUCUUAGCCGAACAAAUAAGGAUUACUGAUUUCCUGGGAUCACGUUUUGACCUGCAUGUAAUUACUUUCAGUUCGUGCAAUCAAUUUUAUUUUUGUUCGAUCUUUUGUGUAUGUCAUAGUUUUCAUAAUUUUAACUAAUCAAGAGGUUUUGUCCAAUGUUAAGAGUAUUUUGCGAGCAACAUAAUUACUAAAGUAGGGUGGCCCCGCCCUUGUAAUAGUUUCUAUAAAAGAUUUAAGAACAAAAAUUAAAUGUAAUUAUUAGGCUUUUAACGCGUUGCUUCAAAGUAACCCAAAUCUUUAUGAAAAAAA